UCGACUGAAAAAUGUUAUAGUGUGGGGGGAGGGGGGUAAAAUGCGAUAUACUUUUGUUCUCUUUUGGCUUUUUCAUUUGGUAGUAAUAAACGAAGAGUAAUUACAGAAUAAUAUUAUCGCAACGUCGCGACUUUAAAACAGCGUUGUUAAUAGUUUAAACCACGAUAAGGAAAUAUCGUAUUUAUGUGCUUAGGGUAUCCCGCCUGACACCACUACAUAUUACUAUACAUUUUAAAAUAGGCAAUCGUUUCGAGAAUCUGUACUUGAAAAUCGUGAUUUUUAAAUAUGAUAAAAGUAAACAUUACGUUGAUAUGCCUUGUACUAAUUAAGUCAACGUUGGCCAAUGAUGGAUUUUCAUACGACAUCGAUCAAUCGGAGUUGGAAAGUUUGGUUCGGCCAGCGUUACGUGAAGCUUUUCAACAAGUAGGAAGGGCAAUACACCGCACAGAUAAGAACUGGAAAAACGAAGAUGUUUGGAAAACGCCUCUCCGUCUUUUUCAAUACUUUAAACAACCGCCAUGCCAAGAGACCGCUGAUAUGGCAAAGGCAGGAGACAUAUAUCAUUACACAUUUGAUAUUUUGCAAAAUAAAUUAAAAAACCGUUUCUCGAGAUCGAAGCGAAGAGUAAACGCCACUGACAUUCUUUCCACGGCAACAGUGGCGGAACUGGCUAAGUUUUCCGGUUGUAGGGUUAAUUCGAUGUCACCAAAAUGCCCCAACACAUGUCUAGCCACACUUUAUCGGUCGCAUAACGGCGAUUGCAAUCACGCCACUAACACAUACUGGGGAGCUGCAAACAACCCAUUCGUGAGAUGGUUACCUGCAAAAUACGAGAACGGGUUCAGUACAGCUAUUGGUUGGGAGUCAGAUCGGUUGUACAAUGGACACCGUCUACCCUUGGUUCGCGAAGUCUCCAAUGACGCAAUGAACACAUCCAAUAACCAAGUGACUGGCGACUCGUCGUAUUCUCAUAUGCUGGUGGUUUGGGGUCAAUACAUCGACCACGACAUCGAUUUCACCCCACAAAGUUUGAGUACUUCUACCUUUCAGGGAUUGACAAAUUGCGCGAAUACGUGUGAGAACAAAUCACCGUGUUAUCCUAUCCAGGUUCCAGCGAAUGAUCAACGAAUCAAAACAGCGAAGUGUUUGCCGUUUUUUCGUUCUGCGGCGGUUUGUGGGACAGGUGAUACUUCUGCACUUUUUCAUAAACUGAGACCAAGGGAACAAAUCAAUGCUGUGACUUCAUUCGUAGACGCCAGUACGGUUUAUGGUAGCAGCGAUGCCCUUAGCAAUGUGCUACGAAACUUAUCUACAGACGAAGGCCUCAUGCGGGUCAAUGCAUUAUACUCAGACGGAUCUCGUGCAUAUCUCCCAUUUGACCCAAGCAAGGGGUGCGUUCAAGACCCGCGUGACCUUAGUGGGAACAAAAUAAAUUGCUUCCACGCAGGAGACGGGAGAGUGAGCGAACAUCUUACUCUGUCUGCUAUCCAUACAUUGUGGAUACGGGAGCACAAUCGAAUUGCACGAGCAUUAAAAGUCAUUAACCCCCACUGGAACGGUGAAAUAUUAUACCAGGAAACUCGGAAAAUAAUCGGGGCUUACCACCAAGUCGUGAAUUGGAAAGAAUAUGUGCCGAAGAUUAUUGGCCCAACAGGCAUGGCUAUGAUGGGGAGUUAUACUGGUUACAAAACGAACGAAAAUCCGAGCAUAUCAAACGUAUUCGCCACCGCUGCUUUUCGCUUCGGGCAUGCCACCAUUUCACCCAUGUUUAGAAGGUUGGACGAGUCAUACAACAACCAUCCAACUUACCCGACUAUAUUACUGCAUCAGGCAUUUUUCUCUCCAUGGAGAAUGAUACGGGAGGGUGGCAUUGAUCCAAUAAUGCGAGGUUUGAUCGGUAAAGCCGCAAAACUUAUUGUUCCCUCCGAAAUGAUGCACGAAGAGUUAAGAGAAAAGCUCUUUCUACUUCAAAACCAGGUAGCUUUGGAUCUCGCAUCUCUUAACCUGCAGCGUGGGCGCGACCAUGGGUUACCACUUUAUAAUGACUGGCGAGAAGAGUGCGGGAUGUCUAGAGCUGACAAUUUUUCCCAAGUUGCUAUGGAAAUAACAGACGCUUUGCUGAGAAGCAAACUCGAACGCUUAUACAAGCACCCUGGUAACAUUGAUGUCUGGUUGGCUGGAUUAGCGGAAGAAUUACUCCCAGGAUCACGAGGAGGGAAGCUCUUCACUUGCAUGCUUAGUCGCCAGUUUAAAUUUCUAAGAAACGGUGAUCGAUUUUAUUACGAGAAUACUGGUGUCUUUACACCCCAACAGGUGGCUGCACUUAAUCGUUUGUCAUUCGCCCGAGUAAUUUGCGACACAACGGGUCUAACUGAAGUUCGUAGAGACGUGUUUUUCCUAUCAACUUACCCUACAGGUUUCGUAAGCUGUAAUUCGAUUCCGUCACUCGAUCUUAUGGCUUGGAAAGAAGACACAACAGUGGGCAGCUGCGGAAAUGUCCCAAGUAUUCCAAACGGGUCGUGGAAACGCUGUGGACAAACUGGAGUAAGCUAUACAUGCAGUCCUGGUUAUGUGGUUCAAGGAACACCCGAUGUGACUUGUGGAGCAAGCGGCUUCUCACAACUUCCUAGCUGUUUAGACGUAAACGAAUGUCUAAUCAAAAACGGAGGGUGCCAGGAUGUCUGCACAAACCACCAGGGUAGUUUUACUUGCAGCUGUGCGAUGGGUAAACAGCUAGCCAAUGAUGGUCAAACCUGCGUCACAGUUCAACAAACUACAAUAGCCGACCCAAUGACGUCAACUGUCACACCCGCACCCCAGAUAAACAUCCCCGCUAUCGUUGUUGGCGUUGUACUUGGAGUUGCAGUGCUGUGUUUCUUUGCACUUGUGUGCUACUUGAUAUAUCAAAACACAAAAAUGUCUACAACGAAUAAACAUCUCAUUUCGAGUAAAAAAUAUGAGCUCGACAAGUCUGCGUUUGACAAUCCUUCUCGAGAUAUGGAUUCAAGAACCUAGUUUAGAUUUAAAUCAUAUUUCAAUCGCGUAAUCUACUUUAUUUACACAUUUGUAGCACUAACCAGCUAUAAUCGAUAGUGAUUUUUUUGCAGAUUGUAGAAUGUGUUUAAACUUUUUUUGUACAAAACAUUGCAAAG